UCUCUCUCAUAUUACAAGCACUGCUACUUGUUCUCUCUUCACUCUCACUCCCCCACACCCGCACUCACAUUCACAGUCACUGCAUCAAUUCAACUUCCUCCGCUCUCUCUCCUGCGAUUCAAUUCCCAACUUCACCAUCAUCAUCAUCAAAGCUAGUUACUCAUCCAUGUUCACCUUCUCAUUCAUCCAUGCUAACAACUGAAAACUAAUUGUAUCCCAACAACAACUCAAUCACUUCGAAUUGUUCCUUUUCGUGUGAACAAGAUGCAAGGGUUUCCACCACCUGGUGCUGGAGGAGCUUCUGACCUUCACUCCACCAUGCGAUCCUUCGAGCUUGCUUGCUCUUCCGUUCAGAUCCCUAUUAAUCCAGGAGCUACUGAGGCAAUUAUAUUGUCAUUAGGCCAGUCUUCUCAGCCAUAUAAGACUUGUCAAUUCAUUCUUGAAAAUUCCCUGGUAGCAACUGCAAGGUUUCACGCGGCUGCAGCAAUCAGAGAAGCAGCUAUCAGAGAAUGGGGUUUUCUUAAUACUGAUGACAAGAGAGGCUUGAUUAGUUUUUGUCUAUGCUAUGCUAUGCAACAUGCGAGUUCUCCUGAUGGCUAUGUCCAAGCAAAGGUAUCUUCUGUGGCUGCUCAGUUGAUGAAAAGGGCUUGGCUUGAGUUUGCAGCAGCAGAGAAGGAGACACUCUUUUAUCAGGUGAACCAGGCUAUUGUGGGCAUUCAUGGAUUAGAUGUGCAGUUUGCUGGAAUCAAAUUUCUUGAAUCGUUGGUAUCUGAAUUUUCUCCAUCUACUUCAAGUGCUAUGGGCCUUCCAAGGGAAUUUCAUGAGCAGUGUAGGACUUCAUUUGAAAAAGACUACCUGAAGACAUUCUACCGAUGGACACAAGAAGCUGCUUCAAGUGUCACAAGUAGGAUUAUUGAAUCUGACUCUGUUGUACCUGAGGUUAAAGUUUGCACUACUGCACUGGAUCUCAUGCUUCAAAUCCUAAAUUGGGAUUUUCGUUGCAAUACCAGUGACACAAAAAUAAAUGUAAAUAUCUUCUCUUCUGGAGUUAGGCAAGACGGGGAUACUCCUAAAAGAUCUGAAUGUCACCUAGUGCAGCCUGGUUCAGAUUGGCGUGACGUGUUGAUAUUAAGUGGUCAUGUUGGAUGGCUUUUGAGUCUAUACGCAGCAUUGAGGCAGAAGUUUUCACGUGAAGGCUACUGGCUUGACUGCCCUAUUGCAGUCUCUGCUCGAAAGCUAAUUGUACAAUUUUGUUCUUUAACAGGAACUGUAUUUCUUUCUGAUGAUAAAAAAAUGCAUGAGCACCAUCUUCUGCAACUCCUCUCAGGGAUAAUAGCGUGGGUAGAUCCUCCUGAAGCUGUUUCAAAAGCUAUUGAAUGUGGGAGAAGUGAAAGUGAGAUGCUUGAUGGUUGUCGUGCACUAUUGGCUCUUGCAAAUGUAACAAAUCCCUGUGUGUUUGACGAUCUCCUAAAGUCCAUGAGGCCCAUUGGUACCCUUACCUUUUUGUCGAUGUUGAUGUCUGAAGUAAUUAAAGUCCUCAUGACUAACAACACUGAAGAGGAGUCUUGGAGCUAUGAAGCUCGUGAUGUCUUAUUGGAUACUUGGACUGCCCUUCUAAUGCCAAUAAAUACUAUCACUGUGAAUGCUUUGCUUCCGUCUGAAGGGAUACAAGCUGCUGCAAAUCUCUUUGGUUUCAUUGUUGAAUGCGAGCUAAGAAUGGCCUCUGCUUCAGCAUUUAAUGAUGGGGGCGAUUCAGAUUAUCUUCAUGGUUCUGUAUCUGCCAUGGAUGAAAGGUUAAGCUCCUAUGCUCUUAUUGCACGAGCUGCAAUUGAUGUUACAAUUCCUUUACUUAUGAGAGUGUUUUCUGAACGGGUUGCACGCCUUAAUCAGGGCAGGGGCAUUAUGGACUUGACUGAAACUAUGGAAGAGCUUUAUUCAUUGUUGCUUAUUAUUGGCCAUGUAAUUGCAGACGAAGGGGAGGGGGAAACACCUCUGGUUCCUAAUGCCAUACAAACCCAAGUAGUUGUGGAUUCUGUGGAAGAAGAUAAACAUCCUGUUAUUUUACUUUCCAGCUCAAUCUUAAAAUUUGCUGAGCAGUGCCUAAAUCCAGAAAUGAGAGCAUCAAUUUUCAGUCCCCGACUUAUGGAGUCAAUUAUAUGGUUCCUUGCAAGGUGGUCUCAUACAUAUUUAAUGUCUUGCGAUGGGAUUGGGGAGAAAAUCUUGGAUUCAAGUCAUCAUUAUGAGCAUAGUUCAAAAAAGGCUUUGCUUAGUUUCUUUGGAGAGCAUAAACAAGGGAGACUUGUUCUUGAUAUUAUUGUCCAUAUAUCCUUGAUCACACUUACGUCCUAUCCCGGGGAAAAGGAUCUGCAGGGCCUCACUUGUUACCUUCUACUUCAUUCCUUGGUUCAGCACAAGCAUAUAUGCAUUCACCUUGUUACUCUGAAUUCAUGGCAUGAACUAGCAACUGCAUUUUCCGGUGAAAAGACGUUGUUCUUGUUGGACACUGCUCAUCAGCGGUCUCUUGCACAAACACUUGUUCGCUCAGCCUCGGGCAUAAAAAAUUUAGAAGCAUCAAACCAGUAUGUAAGGAAUCUCAUGGGUCAUAUUGCUAAAUAUAUAGUGGAGAUAUCCAGCAAGAGUAAUUUCAAAAGUAUUGCCCAACAACCAGAUAUCCUCCUGUCGGUCAGCUGCAUGUUAGAACGGCUACGAGGAGCUGCAAGUGCUUCUGAACCUCGAACACAGAAGGCAAUCUAUGAGCUAGGAUUCUCUGUAAUGAAUCCCAUACUAGUUCUUCUUGAAGUAUAUAAACACGAGUCUGCAGUAGUCUACCUGCUACUUAAAUUUGUAGUUGGUUGGGUCGAUGGACAAAUUACUUACUUGGAGGCCCAAGAAACUGCUGCUGUUGUUGAUUUCUGCAUGCGCUUACUACAGCUGUAUUCAUCUCACAAUAUUGGCAAGAUAUCGCUUAGUCUUUCAAGCAGCUUACUUAGUGAGGCAAAAACAGAUCAGUAUAGAGAUUUGCGAGCUCUUCUUCAACUUCUUUCGAGUCUUUGCUCUAAAGACAUGAUUGAUUUCUCAUCAGAUUCAAUUGAGACCCAAGGCACUAACAUAUCUCAGGUGGUUUACUUUGGUCUUCACAUAGUUACACCACUGAUUUCAAUGGACCUCCUGAAAUAUCCCAAACUUUGUCAUGAUUAUUUUUCUCUCUUGUCCCAUAUGUUGGAGGUUUAUCCUGAAACAUUCGCACAACUGAAUAGAGAAGCCUUUGCUCAUGUACUUGGGACCCUUGAUUUUGGCCUUCACCAUCAGGAUGCAGAUGUGGUUAGUAAGUGUUUGAGAGCUCUUCAAGCUCUUGCUUCCUACCACUACAAGGAGACUGCUAAUGGUAAUAUAGGCUUGGGUUCACAUGCCGUUGGUCUUGAGGAUUCAAGUGGUAAGAUUCAAGAAGGCCUUCUGAGCCGCUUUCUCCGUUCAUUGUUGCAGUUACUCCUUUUUGAGGAUUACAGUUCUGAUCUAAUCAGCGUUGCAGCAGAUGCUCUCCUUCCAUUAAUCCUAUGUGAACAAGGCCUGUAUCAGAGACUGGGCAAUGAAUUGAUAGAGAGACUAGCAAAUCCAACACUCAGAUCAAGGCUCGCCAAUGCUUUGCAUGCACUAACAAGUGCAAAUCAGCUUUCUUCCUCCCUUGAUCGAAUAAAUUACCAGAGAUUUAGGAAAAAUCUUAACAUCUUCCUUGUUGAAGUUCGUGGAUUUCUGAGGACCAUGUGAUCAAACCUUUAAUGGCUUAUGUUGUAUGUUGUAUAAAUCUUUAAAAGAAGAGUUGACAUCCCCAAUUGAGCCAGCAGCUGGAGAAGAAAAUAGAGCUCUAAUCUCUUGGCAGAUGAAGUUUCUGGAGUCACAGAAGACAUCGAGUCCUAUCCACACAUGGCCUUCUUUGUUUGCUAUAGAAAGAAGCAUUUAAGUUGUGUGAAGAAAGAUCUAGUAGCAACUCAUUGACAAAAUAGUAGUCAAAUUCUUUUCUGAAAAACUGCAUUGUGGGGAGAUAGGGAGAUAUACAUACUUAACUAUCACUUGGUUUGCCAGGAGUCUCCGCGUUGAAACACCCCUUCAUGUUUGUGCUAUACUGCAUAAGCACACAAUCAGUUCAACCUGUUAUAAAACCUAUUUUUGUAAGCUGAAAGCUGAUUUUUGGCAAUAUCGAAAUGCCGAAUGAGUUUUGUUUAAGUUCUGCAGUUACAGUUGUAAUAACUGCAUAAAAUGGCUUUAGUGUGUCUCUAUUUCAUGGCAAGAAGCUCUUACCCAUAAAUGUGUACAGAUUGUGUAAACUCUCUGCAUUCUUGUUAAAUCCUGGAUAUUUGUCUCUUGAUAAGAUGUACUCCAAUUUACAUUA